AUUAAGUCUAUUGCAUGGUAUUUUUUCAGUCAAUGACUUUUUUCCCUUUUCUUGUUUUUAAUAUGUGAUUUUAAAGGCCUGUUUGCUGCCAUCAGUUCUGUUCAUAAUUUACUAAAAACUCUCAAAUGAAUAAAUAUAUUUCAUAUUUAGUCCAACCGAGCUGAAGUUUCUGACCUCAGACGCUGGAAGAAGAAAAAUCAAGCUUGAUUCACCGGCUGCAGUAGCUCUACAGCGCCCUCUGCAGGUCACUUAUGGACACAGCAGCUCUAAACCGCUCUGUUGAAAUAAAAUAAAGUCAAACAAAAAUAAAAAUAAACCCAAGUAGGAAUUCACCGAUUAGAUUGAUGAUCCUAUGAAGGUAAUGUUUAGCUUCCCUGUUUUCACCUGAGAUAAAAACACAGUCCGCAGUGCUGACGUCAUCGCUCAGGUAAACAAGCCAGCCUCCACCUGUGGGUGCGGCUUCUGUCAAGCCCUGAAAACUGUUGGGCUGUUUCGGCAAUAGCCAGUUUAUUGGCGAAACACACAGACACUAUGCUGCCUUCACUGAACCACGGAGAAACCAGUUCCUCCUUUAAAGUUCCUCCUUCAGGAGCCCAAAGGAGAGGAAAUGUAGAGAAAUCGAUUAUAUUGAGGUUUUUACAACUUAGCGAACAAAUAAAGAUUAUUUACAGUCUGGUGACUCAUUAAAUUGAAGUGCAUAAGUUUAUUAGGGAGUUAAUUGUAUUUUCUUCUAUUUAAAGAGUUAAACUGUGAAAAAUGAUAAAAGUCUUUUAUUCAUUACUGACUUUAUCUCUGUUAUCUCAGUUAUUGUGGAGGUGAAAUACUUUUUUAAAAAGAUUUUUCAGAUUUCUUUAGUCGGUGUAACUUCAGAGUUUUGAGCGGACAGUGAACGCAGCAGAAGCUCCGCCCCCUCGGCAGGUGUACUCUACACCUUGUCCGGCUGGUUUCAUCAGGCGGAGACAAAUAGUUGCAGAAAGGAUGGCUCGCCUCGCGCUUUUCCUCCUCCUGGUUUGGACAGGAUCCCAGCUGGCUGGAGCUUUAGUCUUUGAGAUCCACAUCCGGGUGGUGGAAGGUCAGGCCGUCACGCUGCCGUGCCGCGCUCCCAACAUGGUGGACCCCAUCAAAUACCUGGAGUGGAGUCGACCCGACCAGAAGAUGUCCUACAUCAUCCUGUACCGAGACCAGCACUUCUACCCAGACUUCCAGGACCGGGCCUUCCGGAAGCGAGCCGACCUGCUGGACAAGGAGAUGAAGGAGGGCCAGGUGUCUCUGGUGCUGAGGAACACCUCGGCGGCCGACAACGGCGUGUACGAGUGCCGGGUGGUGCAGGCAGUGCAGGUGAUGGGGAACCGCAAGAAGAGAUCGGUUCUGAUCGCUGAGCCCAACAUGGUCAUCAAGCUGAGAGUCAGUCCACAAAAUCAAAUCCAUGACGACGACGCCGCAGCUGACGCCGACGCCGCCUGGCUGAACCGCAGGAGGAACCAGGAUGAAGACGUUGAUGAUGAUGACGACGUCCAGCAGUAUCUGGCCUUCCUGCUGCCGGUCGUCGCCGUGACGGUUCCUCUGCUGGCGCUGACCACAUGCAAGUUGUUCAGAUCUUUUCUGAUGAGCUACAGACCCGUCUCCAAGUGAUCCGAGGGACGAAGAACCAGGAGGAAAUGCUACUGACAACUUCCUGUUGGCUGUGGAGAGGAACGCUCUGCGACGCAAAAACUCCAAAUAUUACCAAGUGUUUUUAGUCCAGUUUCUCUGUGUACACCUGAAAUAAGACUAAACUAACUUAACAACUGUAUUUGAAGUGGUGAGCAUAAGACUGACAGGACAUUAUCAUAAAACAUGAAAGAGUCUUCGUGAGUGUUUAUGACGUUUCUAAUGCAAAGUUGGUACUUUUAAUGGACUUUUAAAGCAAUUUUGCAUAAAAUCUGUGAUUAUUUACUGAAUGACACUUCAUGACAACAUUCAUAAAGACUUCUUCAUGUUCAUAACAAGCAUAAUGUCAGCCAGUCUUAUGCACAGCCUUCCUAUAAAGUGCUACGCAACUUUUGAGGUAAAUCCAGAUCAGUCUUUCUCAAACUGUGGCUCCCGGACCACUGGUGGUCCGUGGGCGCCCCCUCAAGGUCCGUCAGGUUCAGCAUGUAAACAACCAAUUAUUUUAAGUGCAAUGCUACAGCUAGCUUACCAAAGGAUUGUGUUUGAAAAUAAUAAUGGAUAAAAGGCUAAAGACCAGGCCACUAAAAAUAAAGCUUGAAGAUACCGGUGGAAAGCUCCUCAGGGUGAAUUACAGAACUUUUGUACUUUUUUAUGACACAGACAUGCAGAUCUCAGCCUGGGGCUGCGCUGCGUGCGACAUGACGAGACGCUGCGCCCCACGCUGACUACCUGCAUCGUAACAGCUAGAAUAAAAUUAUUUAUGUUGAACUUUCUACUGGCUGAAGAAAAUAUUUGUUUUGCCAAGGCAACUCAAAUCUAUUUUCUUUUAUUAUCCUUCUAAAGUACAAAUAGCCAAGUUUUUAAUGCGCACAUGACACUUCUAGUAAAUAACGUUUUUGAUUUCCAUGUAUUUUUUAUUAUUGGAAAUCUUAGAAUCCACACAUUAAGAAUCUGAAAAUAACUCAAAACGCCCCGAAUCGACGUAUUCAUGGUUUCCUUGUGGCCAGUCACAUUUACAAAGCAGCGCCACCUUCAGAUGAGGAGGAACAAAGACAAUGAUUAAGAGACGAAUCUUUUGAUUUCAGGUUUAUGCGUUAAGAUGUCGUGUUGUUGAGGGUUAAUUUGAGAUGCGAUGGUCUGUGAGUGUUUGUUAAAUACGUCCAGUGAUCCUCAGCCUGAAAACGUUUGAGAAACGCUGAUGUAGAAUCUUGUUUUAAGUCAAUCAUUUCUUAGUAUUGAUUUUAAAAUCUAUUGAUUCCACUGGCAGAUUAUUUCCCUUAUAAGUGAACUAGUGCUUAUUUUAUAUUAAGGAAUGACUGACCUAAAACAAGCUGCUGAAACGUUACUUGUAAGUUAGUUUUGUCUUAUUUCAGCUCUGCUAGGAUAUUUGCACUACAAACCACUAAACACUUGUUAAUAUUUUGUGUUUUUUCACUUCAGUCUGGGUUUUGGUAAAGCUGCUCUGGAAUUUCUCGUCUAGUUUACUUGAUUUUUUUACUACAUUUGGUUCAGAGAAACGUUUUAUGUUGAAGGUUCUUUAAUGAUUCUACGUAUUUCAUGAAGAUGCUUCUAUUACUUUGGAUCGGGGAUGUGCGCAGGCGCCGCACCGCUAUGCAUUCUGGGAAUAUUGUGGCCUGACCAGCUGUGUUUUGAUAAAACGGUUUUGCACUGAGAUGAGGAGAUGUUUAACCGUAUGGAAAUCAGAAACACUUUUACUGUCAGGUCUGAUGAUUGUUGGUGGUUGGAGUGAGAGACGCAGUGGCGGGAAAAAAAGAGAAUAUUAAGAUUAAACUAGACAAAUGAUUUUAUUGGUAGAGAAGUGAUGAGCUGCGAUUUGGCAGUAAGAGGCUUUUACAGAGUUUUCUUUAAGUGGACCAAAUUUUAUACUUGUAAAAACAGGAGAAUGCAGACGGUGUUUUGAGAGCUGCUAUUUCUGUUUCAAACCCUUAAAAUACGCAAGUUUCAUGCUGUUUGGUGUUUCUGUUUUUUAAUAUGUUCCCGUCUGUAAAAGAAGCCUCCAGCCUCCAGCAGACAUCCUGUGCUGUUUACUGAGAGCUGUGUGUGUUUUGUCUCUGGUUGCAGAGCAUGUGUCGAUGUGAAUGAGAGCUAAACAAACAGACUUCUUCAGAUCCGGGAUAAUCUCCGUGUUCAUUGGUUUGUCUGUUUUUGGGAUUUAGUGAAACGUCUGAUUAGGUGAUCAAACCUCAGGGAUAAAAACGUGAUUUUCUCCUCAUGAUGUUGAAGCAUCUUAAUGAUGGUAAACUGCUCAGCUGGAAACAUGAACUUAUUAAAGCUAAGCAAAGUUGAAAAAUAGUUAUUUUCUGUGUUUAUUCAUAUUUCUGGUAUCUAAAGUAUUGUUUGGAGUAUGUCUCUAAAACAAUGAGACAGUGAAAGUGUUAGGAUUGAGGACAUCACUGAUGUUUUUCUUCUGCUUGUCUUUUGUUGACUUUAUUAAUUUUUCACUCCCAGCUACAGAACCUUAAAGAGACUUUUACAGGAAAAAUAAUGAUCUAAUUUGUAUGGAGUUAACUCCGUAGAGUCGUGAAAAUUUAAAUUUAAGGGGAAUUAAACUUUUGCAUUUCACUUCUUUUCAAAGCUUCCUCAAAUUUUUUCAUGUUUGUAUUUAAACUCAGCUGGUUUUUCUCUAAAUCAAACAUUUGUUUUGUUAUUAAUCAGAUCAGAAAUAUCAAAACCCAAC